AUGCCUCCCAACUCGAAGUUUUUGAUCCACGAAGGUGCGGCCAUUUUCUCCGAGUUGUUGGUGAAAAACGGCGAGUUCCAAGAGGAAAGAAUGACACAGUUGUUGUUGGAAGAGCCUGCCAAGCAUGCUGGCUGUUCUGGAAGUCGCCGGUUGAGCGACAACAUCAGUGACUUGAAGGCCCAGAUCGCCGCCAACCAGAAAGGUAUCUCUCUCAUUGACCGUUUGGUGGACGAAUUCGGCUUGGCCACGAUCAUGAAGUACAUGGUUGCGAUCCAAGACAAUGCGGCCGAGACUGUUUCUCGCAUGUUGGCAAGAGUCAUGGAACAGCACGGCAACGAACUCGAGAGCGUUGAUUACAUGGACGACGGGUCCCGAAUCCAAUUACGCAUAUUUCCGGGCCAGAACGGCAAAAUCGUGUUUGACUUCACCGGCACAAGCAUGCAAUCCUACAGCAAUGUCAAUGCGCCAAUGGCAAUCACGUACUCUGCCAUCAUCUACUGCUUGCGGUGCUUGGUGGACGAAACAAUCCCGUUGAACCAAGGAUGCUUGAGGCCCAUCGAAGUGGUGAUUCCCGACUCGUCGCUUUUGAAUCCAGACAAAGGCUGUGCUGUCGUGGCGGGCAACGUUUGCACUUCGCAGGUCAUUACCGGAGUGAUUCUUAGCGCCUUCAAGGCGUCGGCCAACUCGCAGUCGUGCUGCAACAACUUCACAUUCGGCGUGGGCGGAAACGACGAAAACGGAAACUACGUUCAAGGCUUUGGAUACUACGAAACUAUAGCCGGGGGCCACGGAGCAGGACCUACAUGGGACGGUUGUGAGCGGUGUCCACACAAACAUGACAAACACCCGGAUCACCGAUGCCGAAGUUUUUGA